AUUCUUACCGUGUCGGCCGAGGACACACAGCGUUCGCCUAGCCCAGCGAAUAACCCCCCUUGAUCAACCUCCCUCUUUCUCCACCGUGAAUGGUGUCGUCCAAACAGAACCGCGAACUUUCAUUGGGGCUCACAUGCGAUCGGAAGUGUCGGCUCUACGAGCAGACGACAGACUCCAAAUCACAGAGGCAGUUAAAAUGUUAACUCGUUGUAUGGUCAGGCCGAAGACACAGGCUUUAACCCGGUGAAAAUUGGAGAAAUCAGCGAAAUCUUGUGUGUGAUUGUGUGCAAGCUUUUCAGCCUGGAUUGUGGCUGUCGACAGGAGUACUGUGUGUCGUGAUGAAGCCACAACAACUUGGAGUCUCUACAUGUUCGCUGCUUCUUCAAACUCUAGCAUUUAUCGUCUUGCUGCAGAUCAGUGUUGCACGUCAGUCGCCUGUGUUCUAUGAUAAACGCCAAGAAAACUUUGCUCAGAACCUGGAUGAUUACGAAGUGGUAAUUCCAAGCCGUGUUAGUUCAGAUGGAGAAUUUUUAACACACACAUUACACGCACAUCAUAAGAUAUGGAAGAGAAGUGUAGAUGAAGAAGCAGGUGCGUCUUCUGAUGACGUCAUCCAUUACCAGAUUCCAUUAUCAGAUAGGACGUUACAAGUCAAGUUGCAGGUCAACAGUAAGUUGCUCACGCCGACGACGGUCGUGGAAACGAGAACAGGAAGAUAUAAGAACGUGUCGGAUUCUAUGUUCAAAACACUUGAUCACCGAGGAUGUCAUUUUACUGGUCACGUGACAGGGGAAGACAACUCUAGAGCAGCGAUAUCUGCGUGUGGGGGACUGAUGGGAUUUGUUCACAGCAAUGGAGAGGAGUAUUUCAUUGAGCCUGUGAAGGGCCACAACAGUAGCCACAGCCCGGAGCAUCCACACAUUAUUUACAAGAGAUCAGCAUUGCCUGCUAGUCUGGAUAUUGCCAAGGCUCACCUUGAGGACAAGGAGCAUCAGUCAGAACAAUCUUGUGGAGUUUCAGAAAAUUUGGACAAGCCAUUCAAACAGAGAGCAAGAUGGGAGAAACACAACCAGCAUGUGGAGAAGAAGAGGAAGCACCGAAAGAAGAGGUCAAUAUCUGUGGAGAAACAUGUAGAAACCAUGGUGGUUGUGGACCCCCAGAUGGUUAAGCACUACGAGGACGAGGACAUCAACAACUACGUCCUUACUGUCAUAAACAUGGUUGCAACAAUGUUCCAUGAUGCUACCAUCGGCAACGCCAUCAAUAUUGUGAUUGUCAGGAUCAUCCUGCUGGAGGAGCCCCAGGAGGACUUAACCAUCAUGCAUCAUGCUGACAAGACCCUCCGUAGUUUCUGUCAGUGGCAGAAGAAGAUGAACUUCCGUGACGAUGACCAUCCCAACCAUCAUGAUGUUGCCAUUCUUCUCACCAGACACAACAUCUGUUCCCGAAUGAACGAGCCAUGCAGUACACUUGGUCUGGCCCAGGUUGCAGGCAUGUGUCAACCUCAUCGCACCUGCAGUGUCAACGAAGAUACCGGACUGGCUCUCGCCUUCACCAUCGCACACGAGCUUGGCCAUAAUUUUGGCAUGAAGCAUGAUGGUAUUCACAACAAGUGUGAAGCACCCAAGGGAAAACAGUUUGUGAUGGCGCCGCAUCUCAUAGCCGAUUCCACCCCCAUGAGCUGGUCCAACUGUAGCCGCCAGUCCAUCACACAGUUCCUGGACCGUCAGUGGGGUUACUGCCUGGACGAUGAGCCUGGACAUCACCCUGAUUUCAAGUUCCCGUUGCAGCCAGCAGGCAUCAUGUACGACACUGACCAUCAGUGCCGACUGCAGUAUGGAAGCCAUGCUGCACUGUGUGAAGGGAUUGAGGUCAUCGAGAAUGUGUGCAACACCCUGUGGUGCCGAGUUGACAACAAGUGCUCCACCAAACUGCAGGCAGCCGCAGAGGGCACCUUAUGUGGGAAAGACAUGUGGUGUUACGGUGGCCAGUGUGUGGAGAUUGGUGAACGACCCCAGGCCAUCAAUGGGGAGUGGGGUCAGUGGGCUGGAUGGACGGAAUGCACCCGGUCCUGUGGGGCAGGCAUCUCCUACUCUCAGCGGCACUGUGAUAACCCACCGCCUUCCCAUGGUGGGAGAUACUGUAUUGGAGAGAGGAAACGUUAUCGUAUUUGCAAGACUGAUCCCUGCCCGGAUGAUACUCCCAGUUUCCGACAUGUACAGUGUUCAGAGUUCAACCGCAUCCCCUACAAGGAAGGCCUGCAUGAAUGGGAGCCAGUACUGACACCACACACUCCCCUGCCAACUGCUUGUAAACCUGUAGACAAGUUCUUCUCGGUCAUGCUGAAGGACAUGCUUACUGAUGGCACUCCCUGCAUCCCUGGUGGUCGGAACAUGUGUAUCAGUGGGCGUUGUCGGCAUGUAGGCUGUGAUUGGAUCAUUGACUCCAGCGCUGUGGAGGACCGAUGUGGGGUCUGCUAUGGUGAUGGAUCCACCUGCAAGACUGUCAAGAAACAGUUCAAUGAAACAGAUAAAUUAGGCUACGUGGAAACGGUGAUUCCAGUCGGUGCCCGUAACAUCCGAGUGGAGGAAGUAGCUGCCGCCAACAACUUCUUGGCCCUGAAGGACCAGCAGGGGAAGUACUUCCUCAACGGACACUGGUUCAUCCAGUGGAGCGGGGACUACGAGGCCGCUGGCACCAUCAUCCAGUACCGCAGGAAGGGAAACAAGGAACACUUCAAGGCAGCGGGGCCACUCAAGGAACCACUACACAUAAUGCUUCUGCUACAGACGACAAACCCAGGUGUGGUCUAUGAGUACACAGUGCCCAAGGAGAACGCUACAGAUACUCGCUCACCAGAGUUCCGCUGGGAGUUCUCUGAUUGGUCGCAUUGCACUGUGUCUUGUGGUGGAGGUACCAAGCGUUCCAUGGUGGUGUGUGUAGAGAAGGAGGCAGGUGUUGUUGACGAGAUGUACUGUAAUGCCUCGUCUAAGCCAGAUGACAAGCUCCGCAGCUGUAACGGUCACCUGUGUCCAGCCAGAUGGUGGACAGGUCCUUGGCAGCACUGUUCUGUGACAUGUGGAAAGAAUGGCAUCCAUCGUCGUACUGUGAUUUGUGUGCGGAGUCUGGGCCCUGAUGAGCAGAUUGCUCUGGAGGAUGAGCCGUGUAAAGGGUUGAACAAACCAACAGAGGUUGAGCCCUGCCGACACAAGGAGCCUUGCCCAGGCGAUGUGGACUGGCUGCAUUCAGAGUGGUCCAAGUGUACCAGCAACCCAUGUGCCCUGCAGACCAGGCGGGUGUGGUGUAGUGCUGGGGACGGGGAGAUCAAGUGUGACCCGGACUCCAAACCACAGUCACAGAGACCAUGCAGCAAUUUUACAUGUGGCAAGUGGGAGGUGGAGAAAUGGUCAGAUUGUAGCCAGACUUGUGGUGAUGGUGUUAAGUACCGUAAUGUCAAGUGUGAAGGUGGCGAUAAAUGUGACCCUGACCUUGAACCUAUAUCAGAGAAGAUUUGUCUGGUCCAGGAAUGUCCAUUGCCUGAAACAACAACACAGGAACCAGAUAUAGAAACAACAUUUGACAACAGCAUUGCCACCAUUGAUAUGAACACAGAUGAAACAACGUCAGAUGUUAAUACUGUUGCCCCAACUACUGAUCAUAAUUUCAAAUCUACAAUACUAGAUUCUCAACCAACGGUAUCCAGUAGCAACCAGUCGUCACAAGUAACCAACUUGAAGAUGUCAACCAAUACAAUAUCUAUAGGAAGCACUAAUACUGCUAUAGGUGGAGAAAUUAAAACAAAAUCAAAUGAAAUAAAACUGGGAGAGUCUAGUAUUGAUUUAAAUGGGGAAGAUAAUACUAUUUUGAUUCCUGAAAGCAACGUGGAUGUACCUCAUAAACAUCGCCAUAAUCAUAAUCAUCGGAAGCAUCAUAAAAAUAAAAAUAUUGUCAUAAAUAACAAGCAGUCUGAGAAUGACGUGUUAGUUGGAAAGACUAGCAAGUUUAAUACUCUCUCACCGACUCAUAAAACUCUCACAAAAUCAACAAGCAACACUCCAAUUAAUUUUGAAAUGAGCACAAUAGGGGAAGAUAACUCUGUAACAGCAACUCCCAGUGACAAGCCAGAGGAGCAGGGAACAAAACAGAAGGAGAAGACUGUGAUGUAUUGGUGGCAGACCAGAGAGUGGAGCAAGUGUUCCCGUCACUGUGGAGGUGGCACCAAGAUGAGGAAAGUGUACUGCGUGGAGGUUAGAACAGGCAGAGAAAUACCAGCAGCGUAUUGCGAUAAGACCAUGAAACCUACAGAUAUCGAGGACUGUCACCGUAUGCCAUGUCUCAAGUGGCAGACCACACAGUGGAAUCAGUGUUCAGCGACCUGUGGCUAUGCCAUCCAGAGCCGUCAUGUGUAUUGUAACACACCCAACAAGUGUGAUCCCCGAGAGAAGCCCCCCAAAACUCGCGAGUGUAAACUUCAGGCUUGUAUUUCCUGGGUCAAUGGAGACUGGAGUGUGUGUUCACAGACGUGUGGUGGAGGACAGCAGGUGCGCCUGGUACAGUGCGUCAACCUCACAUCCCAGCAGUCUGCACAUGGAUGCCAUGCUAGUCUAAAACCUAAACAACAGGAAUCCUGCAACACAGACUCCUGCCCGGUGCAGAAUGCUGCCUAUUCAAUUACCUGUGAAUCCAAUGAAAUGAGCUAUCGAGUGUGCAAAAUGUUGAAGAAGCUAAAGCACUGUGACAAGGCAUAUGUACGCGCCAAGUGUUGUCGUACGUGUGGAAAGCAUCGCAGAGACAAGUCUCAGAAACCCACAAUAAGAAGAAUCAGCCGAAGAUAACGUUCAGUGUUGACAUCUGAUGUUUGAAACAUGUGAGAAGUGCUCAAUGGGCGGGGCUUGUCCUGCUCUGUUCUGAUUGGUCAAUCAGUAUGGUGACACGAUUUGCUUGACAGCUGUCAGAUACCAUGAUAGACAAGUUGGACAAUUGUUGCAUAUUGUAGAUAAUUGUGAUUCCCAUUUCACCAUUGUCACAGUCAGUUCUACAUCUACACAAAAUAGAUUGUCUUUUGUUAUGUUUGAUAUUUUGAAUGACAAGACUAGCCCACUGUGGAGAAGUGACUGACGUUUGGAUGUUGUUGAUUUCAUUACAUUGAGGUCAUAAUACUCUGUGAUCAGCGGGUAUUUAGUGGAGAAACUGAUAUUGCAGUGUUAUCAUUCUCUAACCUUUCUCCAGACACUUUCAUUGGAUAGUGAAAUCCAAAUCUGAUUGGCUGAUGAAACAAUGGCCGUGAUUGGAUAAAGUGUGUUCAGUGACAGGAUGUGUUGCAUAUUAUGAGUAUGUGCAAUGGUAAUCCCAAUGUGUGUUCCCUGUUGAACAGAGAAAGGUCAACACAAGGAGCUUGUGUGUGUUGACCAGUGAGACGAUAGUGCUGCAGUGGCUGCUGCAGUGUGGUAGACACUUUCAACGAUGUACGCCCUGGAUCCAGUGACCCGACAUGGCGCUAUAGUCUAUGACUCCAUAGGCUGAGCACCACUCAUUGUUCAACUAAUUUCAUUGGGUUCUGCCAUAAUCAAUCCUUCUUGAAUAAAAGGAUCUUUGAUCUGAAAGCAGCAGAAUAUUUAACUGAAGCUUGAAUAUGUUUUAAAAUAGACUUUCUUUCAAAUGUUUUUGUUUUUAGUUUGUCUGUUUAAUUUUGAAUUGGAUAGUGAAUACACUGAAAUAUAGUUAUUCAUGAGUCUACCUGUAUGGAAACUUAUCCUUUUGGGUGAUUACAUGGAGAGGAUGAUGAUAUUUCUUCGUUCUGAUGAUUUAGUUAAUUCAGAAAUUUUUAAUGUGGAUAAUUUUACUGGAGAGAGUACCACCCAGAUUUAUGGGGUUUCACAGCAUAGCCAAAGACUGACCUCUGUAAGCUGGUAAGUGUAAACAGUGCUAUCAAUGAAUUUUAUAUAAAUUUUAAUGGAUGUUGUUUUUAUGUUGUAUAGUUUUGUUUAGUUUCAGAUGUCCUGUUAAUUGUUUUCCCUACUUUGGACAGGAACAGAACCCAUGGAAUUUGAAUGAGAUCCUUGUUAAUAGACUUACACCAUUCCGUGAGUUUGUCAAAGGUCUUGCAGUCAUGCUGGGCACUGUCCAAACUGGGCUACUAUCAUAAAUAGACUAGGUACAUCAAAGUCCAGCUUUAUAUGUUUAGAACUUUACCACAUGGCAUCACAUGGCAAGUUUGCUUUUCAAGACCACUUCAUGUAACUUUGAUCAAUUUUUAAUCUAUGGCUUGUCCAACCUUUGAAAGUUUGUCUUAUGUAAAGUAAAAUAAGUUCGGUGCACUGUAAUAAUACACUUCAAUAUAUGCUUAUGUGAUAAUUUUAUUUUGUAACAGAUUUGUUGGUAAUACCUAAGCAACUUUCUGUUCUAAUUUAAUUUUUUGUUUGUCUUGUUAUAUGUUUGUUUUGAAAGCCUGAGCAGUAGCUAUUGGUGAUUGCUUAUUUCAAAUGUAUCCUUGCAGAAUACAGAUUUUUACAUUUGUUGGUGCUAUCCGGUAGAUCACAAAGAGUCUGAAUCAACUCAAAUACUUCAUUAAACUUGAAUAGGAUUUGUAGGCCUAGAUAAUUCCUUAGCACUGAUGUAUAUAAUUAAUGCCAACGAUUUUAAGGUUUGUAUUGAAUUAAAGAAACAUCAAAGUACCAAUAAAUGCUUUUUUUGGUUUUUAGGGUUUGUACUUUUUAUUAGCUUUGUGUUUCACUACAUUCUGUCUUCGUUUGUUAAGACCAACUCUGAAAUGGCCAACAUGAUUCUUUUGUUAUCUGUGAUAAGCCAACACUGUCAGUUAUACUGAGGGAAAGGUCCAGCAUCAUCAACACAAUGCUAUUGAUAAACAUAACGGUUUAUAUUACAAUGGAUGUGUUGUACAAGAGCCAACAAGCCUCUUUUGGCACCAUUUGCCAGAUCAGCAAAUUUUGAAGUUAAUGUGUCUUCAACAAUUGCACAUUUUGGAAUGCAGAAAAAUGCCAGGUGUCUAGACUCCUAUUUUAGGUGUUUUUCAGGAUUUUUAUGUUAUGUUUUUACAUAAUAUGCACAUGAGCAAGUCUUUACCCCAGAUAUUGGUACCAAAAUGAGAUGAAACAACCAUUUUUUCCCCAGAAGAAUGUAAAACUCUGUCCCUUUAGCCAUGUGCUUGAUCACAUCCGUAACUGGACCAGUAAAAGACUAUUUCUCAGUUGUCUGUAGACAUGUUCUUUAAUUUAUUUUAAAUUUUCGGGAUCUGAGAAUUUGUCACCUCUCCAGUUUGCCUUUGACCUUUAAUUCGCAUCAUAAUUAUUAUGACAGCAUGAAAAUAACUACUGGAAGAAAUUCAAGACAUGUAAUAAAAUUCUGCGUUAAGAUAUUGCGAUGCCCCUUAUUCAUUGAAUAUACAAAUUGAUUCAAUGUUCAAUAUUGAGUUUGAAGCCAGACAUUUUUAAAAGGGACCUUAUUGAAUUUUAGUUAUGAAUAUUUCAGUGCAGUGACCCAAGGUGAUAAUGGUGGUGCAUGGUAAGGUCAGUUGUAAAGUUCUUGGGAUGUAGGUCAGUAAUUCUUCACAUAUUGUUGUCACUGGUGUGUAUGUUGUUCUACAUCGUCUACAGUUGUACCAUUGUGUCUACAGCUGUUCAGCUAGGCUUCUUGAGUGGUCCUACAAGACAACUAAUGAUUGUACAAGUAACAUAAUAUUGUUUUGUUGCAUUGAAGAAAAAUAAAAAUCAAACAUGCUGAAAA